AAGGCAUGAGCAGAGCCGGCUUCUUUCUGCGAGGAAGUCUAUGCACAGAGUUAGAGCAUCUUCAAACCACACAGGAGCAGCCUCAUCAGAUAAUGGAGGGGCAUGCAUUUCAGCUGGUCUCUCGGGAAGAGCUACAUUCAAGAGAGUCUGUACGACUGAAGCUCUUCAUUUCAUUCUAUGCAAGUAGCAAUAUGGUCUUCAAAGUUUGCCUUAAUGAGUUCUUCACUCCAGGUGACUGGACAUGGAUGAACCUGGAAACCAUCAUUCUCAGCAAACUGACAGAAGAGCAGAAGAUCAAACACCGCAUGUUCUCACUCAUAGGGCACGACGGUGAAGAGCGGGAUGCUGUGGUUACAGCUCCAUACCACAGCCUCACACUACUGUUUGGACCUUGCUGAAAAUUCAAUACUAUGAAAAAGACAAAUAAUGUCUUAGUAAUUUUAUGAAUUUAAUGAAAAUCAUUCUGACUUUGCAGACCUCCUGAGAGUGCCUCAGCAACCCCCAGGUACCUGGGGACCUGCUAUUUAAAUGUCCCUCACAAAACUUGUGUGGAAAUCUAAUUGCCAAUGUAAUAAUAUUAGGAGGUGGGGGCUUUAAGAGGUGAUUGGGCGAUGAGGGCUCUGCCCUCAUGCACAGGUUAAUGCCAUUAUCAUGGGAGUGGGUUCGUUAUUGCAGGAGUGCGCUCUGGACAGAAGGAUGAGGUCUGCUCCUAUUUCUCUCUCUCAGAGUGUGUCAUGUGCUUUCGCCCUCCCUUGCCUUUUCUCAUGGGAUGCCUUCUGCCAUGCUGUGAGGAAACAUGAAGGUCCUCACCAGAUGUAGCCCUUUGAUCUUGGAAUUGCCAGCCUCCAGAACCUUGAGUCAAGUAAGUCUCUCUUCUUUAUAAAAGAAAUCUCCUUAUACCCAGAGAUGUUUUUCUUUUUCUAUAAAGAAAUAUCUUUUCUUUAUAGCCAGUCUGUGGUACUCUGGCAUAGUAGUAAAAAAUGGAGUAAGAUGGGAGUACAUCUUAAAAACAACUGAUGUGGGGUAACUGGUGUGAAGAUGGAACAGAUCAGAGCCAGCUGGAAACGUCUCAGUUGGGCCACCAUCACUAGAAUGGAUGCUGAUUUUGGCUUAUUUAAGCAGAAUAGGGAUUUACCGAAGAGAUAUUCGGUAGCUCACUGAAUUACCAGGGGGCCAAAAGAGCCACACUUGUAAAGUGGGCAGGAAGAAUCAAAAGGAGGCUGUACGUCCAGAACCUGAGCCAAUAGCUCGCCUUGAAAGCAGUCAGGUGACAGGAAGACACUGCUAUUUCCUCUGCAGCUGCUCUUGAACACAGGAUGUGGCAUCUUACAUCACAGACACCCCAGCACUGGUCUGUGGGGGCUGUGGUCCCAGCUGUCAUCCUUACUUUGUCACCUGGACAGAUUUAGACCGAGUCUCUAAAUUAACCUUUGAUUGGCUGAGCCUGGGCUUCUUGCUUAUGUCCUAGCUGCGCUGUGUGCUGUGGAAGCUAUUAUUGCACAACACCCCCAGCUCCUAUUGUGGAAUGGAGCUCUGCUCCCUAUGAAGACUUGCAAGAAGAGGAAUUCUCUGUGAAUAGAAAAGAGUUUGGCUGCUAAGGAACCAAAACAUGACAACUGCCUGAGCCUUCUUCAGCUGGAGCUCCUCAUUUGGUAGUAAUCAGCCAUGAGCUGAUCACUGGAAAGAUGGGGUUUAAGAAAUUUCCAAGGAAGAAAACACUGAGUGAGACAAGAAGGUGAUCUGGGAAGGAGCCUUGAGACCUCCUAGCAUUUGAAGGCUGAGUGGAAGAAGACGAAUCUUCAAAGACGGCUGAUAAGGAGCAGCAAGAGGAGGUAUAGAAGGGUGUUUUUUGGCUUUCAGAGGCCAAGAGGGAAGGGUGCUUUGAGGAGGAAGGAGUGGUUUGGAUGUUGAAUCCUGCCCAGAGGCCUAGAAAACUGAGAUCUGAGCAAUGUCCAUCAAUGAAUUAUUAAAUGCCCACCAAUCAACUCCCUUCCAUUUCUUCUCUAUUGCACUAGAGUGUGAAUUACUGCUACUUCCCUAAAAGUCAGGGGAGAUGGGAAUAUCCUUUCUUCAAGACAGAGUUAUUCCAGAACAAAGGAUGUAGCCACCAUUUGGACAUCAUUCUCUAAGCACAAGAUAGUCCCUUCUGCAACCGGGUACCCAGGCUGAGUCCUUUGCUGCCAGGCAGACUGACAGACAGCACAUGGGGAGCUAUAGAAAGAUUGCCCUGCCUCAACAAAUUAGCAAAUAGCUGUAAUGUAUUCACCAACAUGCCAUGGAGCAUUACCUGUGCUUACUAAGCUCUGUGUUAAGAAUUGGCUCUUGUAUGGAGUAUUAAACAACAUAUGAGAUAGCAGGCAGACAAAUUCAAAAGCACACACAAAACAAAAUGAAAAAAGACACACACUAGUAGCGUUCCCCCUCCUCUCUGAAGCUUGUUCUAGUUCACUGGAAUAUGGUCUCUGGAGCCCCUGGCCUCCCUAAGGUCCACUCCCUACUCAAACCCACCAUCACCAUGUUACUCUGGACCUGCCUAAGGCCCACUCACCUUUUAGGCUUCAGUUUAGACAGUAGCUCUUCCACGAAGCCUCUCUGACUUUCAAGUCUGCCAAAGAAUCUUACUGUGUUCCCCUGUAACAUCUUCACUUCUUUAUCUUUCCCCUUACGUGUCUGUUUACUGAUCUUCCUGAUAAGAUGGAAAGUUUUAAACACAGGACCUUGUUUAUCUUAUUUACCAUUGUAGGGCCUUCUCAUCAUUGCCUCACCAGCACCUGGCAUAUGGUAGAUGCUCAGUAAAUAUUUAUGGAAUGAAUAUGUGAAUCAAUGUCAAUGGCUGAUUGAAUAAAUCAGAGAGCCUGUGAGUACUGACAAGCCACAGUGUAGAAGAAUAUUAUGAGCUGUGCGGAGAAGCCAGAAAGGCUUGCUGGAAGCUGAAGUUCUGUGCAGGAUUAGGAAGGCAGACAAUCCAGAUUGGCAGAAGUCAGAGGUGCCAGAUUGGAUAGUUGAUACCUUUUGAGUGGGAUGGGGAAGAAUUUGCAUUGCUGGAGGGAAGUGUCUAUUCUGGGUAGUAACUAAGAGUUUUCUAAGUAUUGUAGGUGCUGCUGGGAGCGCAUGCUCCUUCCAAGCCCAUGUCAUAGCUUGUUGCAGUAAAGGCAGGGGCACAAGGAGCCUGACCUCCUGUACCCUUCUCUGCCACCAUGCCUGUAUCAGCAUCACAGCCUUGGGUGGCAGUGGCAGUGGAUGGAGUGGGAUGCAGGUGCUCUACAGGAAGGGCCCAUUCCUGCUGGCUGAGGGGCUCUGUGAUGUGAAGGAUCCAGCCAACCCUUGGCCACGUGACAGGAACACCAUCUGCACCCUGGGCGCCUAGAUUUUGCAGCUGCCACAGCCUACUCAGGCAUAUUUGACACAAGCUUAGCGAAUAGCUUUUCCAGGAGGUUUGCAAAUUUCCAAUCUGCUGUGCCACAUUUUCCUCUACAACUGCCACCAACCAAAUGUUAAAUUGGACCCAAGACCUGCGGGGUAAUCGGCAAACGUAUGGGCUCAUUGCAGAAUUGGAAAGGAGACUGGGGCUCAGGUGGCCCUCUGAAUGGACUCUUCCUAGAAAUUAUACUGUUAUUAUGGCAAAAAUUAUGAUGCCAUAUACAGGAGUAAUUGUUGAAUCUUUACUAGCGUAUCUGUCUUUACAUGUCAGUGUAUCCUUAAGACCUUGCAUAUAAAUUGAACUUUUGUUACUUUAAUACAAAAUAAAUGCAAUUUUUAAUGUUAUUUUAAGGAAUUCUCCAGAAAGCAUUCCUUUUGCCACAGCAAAAAAAAAUGACCUUCAAUUGGUUUUUACAAAUUGUCUCUAAAUGUGGAUGUAUUUACGUGUGUGUUUGUAUCUUCUGUGUGCCUCUGUUGAGGAUCAUCAGUCUCUUUUGAGAAAUGCAGAAAAAGUUGGCUUUAGCACUUCCAUGAUUAAUUUAAAAGAGAGAGGGAAAUAUUGUUAUAUAUACAAGGUUUUGGCACUAAGAUUUCAUCUGCAUUGUUACCCACACAACAUCAUGCACUCAACAAAAGACAUAAAUGCAAAAUUGCACAGCAUGCUGGGAUGAAAACAUUAUAGCUCAGAUCUGCAUUUCAAAUUCAGCUUUUUGAUAUCUUAAUAUCCAUGGGGGUUAAAAGUACUAACUAACUGAAGAAUUAGGGGACUUCAUUGCUAUUACUGAACAAAUCUAAUUAUAGAAAAGACAAAAUUAUAAAUGUACAACAGAAAUUAUCUGGGAUGAUUAGAAUGUCUCCAACUCCUGUUCUGUUCAGCUGAAAUGACCAUUUCUCCUCUCAUUUCCGCAUCAGUUAACAAACAAGAAUUAGUUUUCCAAAAGCUAUUGAGUGUGACUUUGGAAAUCAGAGUAAUAGCACCCUACAGCAGCAGUCCCCACCUUUCUGGCACUAGGGACUGGUUUCUUGGAAGACAAUUUUUUUUACAAAUUGGGGUAGGAGGGAUACUUUUGGGAUGAUUCAAGCCCAUUACAUUUAUUGUUAACUUUAUUUCUAUUAUUAUUAUUACAUUGUACUAUGUGAUGAAAGAAUUAUACAACUCACCGUAAGUGGGAGGCCUGAACUUAUUUUCCUGCAACUAGAUGGUCCUAUCUAGGGGUGACGGGAGACAGUGGCAGAUCAUCAGGCGUUAGAUUGCCAUAAGGAACAUUCAACUUAGAUCCUGUGCAUGUGUAGUUACAAUACAGUUCGUGCUCCUGUGAGAAUUGAAUGCUGCCACUGAUGUGACAGGAGGCAGAGCUUAGGCGGUAAUAUGAGUGAUGGGGAGCAGCUGUAAAUACAGAUGAAGCUUCGUUUGCUUGCCCACAGCUCACCUCCGGCUGUGUGGCCCCAUUCCUAACAGGCCAUGGGAUGGUCCUGGUACCGGUCUGUGGCUCGAGCGUUGGGGACCGCUGCCUUAGAGUAAGUCACUUUGAAUGUUCAAGUUCACAUAACUGUGUGAAGUAGAGAGAUCAGCUAAAUUAGGCCCCAUGGUAUCUUGGGGUACCUGUAUAAUGGUGAGCCAAGAGACAAGUGGGCAUAUUUUGAAGUUCUUGGGGGAAUUUGCAGCAAGCGAAUAUUUUUUCUCUAGCCACCGCUGGUGCUCCCAGUGGUCCUCUGUUCCUAGGCCCCAUGGAAGUGUCCGUAAGGUAGAAGUAGCUUUAAAUGUAGAGGGGCCCUUUCUGCUGCUAGGGGUAUAAAGAACUGCCAGUCAGCAAUGUACUCUUCUGCAUGUUAGUUGAGUAGCAUAUGCCUCAUGACUUUCCUGCACUCCAUGGGACUGGUGCUCAUUGCCCCUCUGCCUGGAGAGAGGGCCGCAUUGCAUAAACACAGCCUAAACUCAUCUUCAUAUAGCUAUUUGUUCUUUUAUUUAUUUAUUCAUUCAACAAGCAGUUUGCACCAUGCCUUGUUUUGUUCUAAGUGCGGAGAGUACAAGAUUAUAUGAAGCUCAUAUGGCUAUCCAUUAGUUCCAGCAUGUUUUGUUGAAAAGACUGUCUUUUCCCCAUUAAAUGACCUUACCAACUUGGUUAAAAUUCUACUUCUAGAUUCUAUCAUGUUCUAUCAUUCUUUUUUU